UGGGGUAUUGACAAGCUGUGACCUUGACAACGUAGGCAGAGGUUUUUCAAGCGCUAACGGGAGUGCGAGCCCCAACCUAAUUUCCUUCACAGAUAUGAUUGUUCAUAUCUGAUGUGAAUUUCGACGAUAGUAAAGCGUAAAAUGAUGGGUUACCAUAAUUUAUCAGUGCUUCUGGAACCAAAUUCACUGACGGUACAUUGACGAGACCAGUCACAGGGCGUAAAGCGGUGGGUUGUGAAUAGCAAGACCAUGGAUUCGUUGCCGAAUGAACUAUUAAUACACAUCUUUUCGUUCAUUGACGACGGCUUUGACCUGCUUGACAACGUGUCCUUGGUUUGCAAACACUGGCUGACAGUGUCUCGCGACCCUCGCGCCUGGUCGGGAGUGGUAUUGCGAUGGGACAGCAACGAUAGGUGCGAGGUCAAUGCGAAAUCACGUAUUUUAGCACACGCGCCGGGUCUGAAGCGGCUCUCGCUCGCCCCAGCCGCUUCUGACAACACCUUGGCCAAAGGGCUAGCAAGAUGUCCAGCUGUUCUCUUCAGCGAGAUCCAUGUUGGGUUUGACGUUUGGACGAUACGAAAUCCUGAGGCUAUAACGGGCUUGAUGGAUUUGCUGUUUCGCAGUCGCUUCCACGUCAACAAUGUCUUUAUCCAAAUGAGCGAGCCAGCCUUGUUCCAUGUGGACAGCCAGGGCCAAUCGCUGCUCGACAUUCUCGCCCGAAUGAAGGGCCUAACAAAGCUGACUUUGCAUUGGUGCGGAGAGUGCGCAUACAAAGGUGAACUGUCCUCCGGCCUUCCAAGACUGGAGUACUUAGCCUUUGACGUGGACCGCUGGGGUGAUUGUGUACCGAAGACUUUGGUUGUGGACUUACUACGAGGAGCCAGAGGUUCUCUAAAAGUUUUCAAGAAGUUUAACGAUUGGUGUGAUCCCCUCUCAAAUUUAGAAAUGGAUGAGCUUAGACAGUGUGAUUGUCUACGCGCUAUUCAGUGUCAUGAGUCCUGCUUACCUGCACUUCAAGGUCACCCUUGCAUCCAUGCCCUAGAAUUGUCCUGCUCCAUCUUAAAAGAAGGACUUCCUGCUGGUAUAGCCCGACUACGGACGGCGCUUUUGAAGUUUUGCGUUGAACUAACAAGCUUGAGGAAACUCCAGUUCCAUAUAUAUUUGGACCAAAACCUUGAUGUAGUUGAGGCGGAAUGCAACGAAAUAGCUGAUUUGUUUAGAAAACUGAGGAUUGAUGUUUAUAUGUAUGUAUAUUUCCACGAAGUAGCAUCAGAUAUUAUUUAAUCUUUUACCAAAACCAAAAAAGGUGAAAGUGUCAUGUUAAAAUUUAAUCUCAGGCAGAGCAAUAAAAAGACACCAUGUUGUAGGAUAUA